CCCGCGGCGCGGGCGGAGGCGGGGCAAGCGGUCGGUUGCUAAGACUUGUGAGGCGCAGGGCUCGCUUGCGGUCCUUCAGGUGGCUGUAGGCUUCUGCCCCGCCCAGUUGUCACAGCGGAAAUGUCCGAAAAGGAGAACAACUUCCCGCCGCUGCCCAAGUUUAUCCCCCUGAAGCCCUGUUUCUACCAGAACAUCUCCGACGAGAUCCCCAUCGAGCACCAGCUUCUGGUGAAGAGAAUCUAUCGGCUGUGGCUGUUCUACUGUGCCACCCUGGGGGUCAACCUCGUCGCCUGCCUGGCCUGGUGGAUCGGUGGUGGCUCGGGGGCCAACGUUGGCCUGGCCUUGGUCUGGCUGCUGCUCUUCUCCCCCUGUGGCUACAUGUGCUGGUUCCGGCCUGUGUAUAAGGCCUUCCGAGCCGACAGCUCCUUCAACUUCAUGGCGUUCUUCUUCAUCUUUGGAGCCCAGUUUGUCUUGACCGUCCUCCAGGCGAUUGGCUUCGCGGGAUGGGGCGCAUGUGGUUGGCUGGCGGCAAUUGGGUUUUUCCAGACGAGUGUCGGAGCCGCUGUGGUCAUGCUGCUUCCAGCCAUCAUGUUCUCCAUGUCAGCUGCCAUGAUGGCCGUUGCGAUCAUAAAGGUGCACAGGAUCUAUCGGGGGGCUGGCGGAAGCUUCCAGAAGGCGCAGACCGAGUGGAACACGGGAGCUUGGCGGAACCCACCGUCUCGAGAGGCUCAGUACAACAACUUCUCGGGAAGUACCCUGCCCGAGUACCCCACUGUGCCCAGCUACCCGGCAGCCGGCAGCCAGUGGCCAUAGAGGGGCCGACCGGCCCCGCUGCCCGCCCCCCUCCCCUCCCCUGGCCAGGGCGGCGGAGCCUGUGAGCACUCGGGGACCCGCACUCGUGUUUGUCUCGUCUCCGGCAGCGAGGUCCUCGCGAGCGCCACCCAGAAACCGUUCAGCCUGUGCCGUCCGGCAGGACGCCCCCCGUGCUGCACAGCACACCCCCUCCUCUGGAGGCCUCUGCAGGGAGAAGGGGCAGCAGGCCGGCCGCCUGACUUCCAGAGCUGAUGGCACAGAGGGGGACUCCACCAGGGCGUUACCCUCAGCCCUUCUUCUCUCCUUCCCGUCCCCGUGGGUGAUGGAGGGGCUUGGCCGGGUCCUCUGUGUUCUUGUACUUUGUGUCCCUGUCCACCUGCAGCCAGAGGGCUCUUGUGGACAGCCCUGCGGGGUCGGCCAGAGGCUGAUGAGCCACCUGGGCACCAUGAUCUGAGCCCCUGUCCAUCUGUCCGUCUGCCCCAUGGGCUCUGUGCAGGGCCGUUGGCCUUCCUGCCCCCAGUGGUUGUCUUCAUGGGAACGUCGAGUGGGCCCCUGUCGAGAUCUGAAGGCUGGGGCGAACCCCUUUGGGGGACGGGGGCCGUGGGGAUCUGAAGGCAGGGGCAGAACCCUUUGGGGGGCCGGGGCCAGAUCUCCCCUCUGUGCAAACGCAGGGAAAGCCUCAGCAGCAGGCAGAGCGGGGUGGGCCGGCUGCUCGGAGCCCGCGACCACACAGCCCUCCCUCGAGCUGCAGGAAGCAGGAGACGGGGUUUCUCAGGAGAGUGGCCUUCUAGAGGUUAAGAUGUGACAAACCUGUGCCUUAGCAAGCAAUCUAAACGAUAGGUCACCUCCCUCCGGCUCUCGUAGCUCCUUCUGAGAUGAAGGACUGGAAUGUUCCGCGGGGAUCUCAGCAGCACGCCUGUGAGCUGACCGGCCGGAGGAGCCCUCGUUGCCUCCUAGCCCUUGCUGGCCAGGCUCCCCAGGCGCCCCGAAUGCUGCCCCUCGGCUCCCGGCUGGCCGGCUCGGGGUAGGACAGGGACCCUCUGUGUCACACACUGCCGCGCCAGAUGCCAGCCUCUCCAAAAGCCUGGACCAGCUAGCCUUGUUCUUUGCACUCCACACCCAUGCUUGCUUUGGCUGCUCGUGCUGGGCGCCAUGUGGUGUCCCAAGGUGGCCGUGGUUCCUGAGGACAUGCCCGGGCCUGGGUCCCCUCGGGUCUCAAGCUGUAGGUCUCCCGGGUGUCCCUGAACGCCCCCUAGCCAGCCUCUGCGACCGAGAGGCAUGCGCUGCACUGACCGUGGGGCCGAGUCCCCUGCUGCGUGCGGGACUGAGCAGGUGUGGCCCCAGGUAGGAGAACCGCAUGCGCAUCCACCUUUGUUACUUCGUAGUGGGUUUUGUUACGGGAGAGUAUCCUGGAAAUAAAUACUAUAGUCCUUCCUGCAUCACGGGGCCUCUGCGGGGCUGUUAGGGGCGUGCGCGUCUGUGGCCCUAGCCACAUGCUGCCCCUGCCUGUGACCCUGCCCCACACGGCGUCGCCCUCAUGUCCUCUGAGCCACCACAGUGCGUUUACUUCAUGCUUUUCCUUUCAGUCAACUUGCUUUUUUUAUGCUCCACUGUUUUAACUUGAAAAAGGGAAGUGUACAGAAAAUGAGAAACCAGUAUCACUUGCCCCAAAGGAAAGAAUAGUAGACGUGGCUGGAAGAGAAACAGAAGGACCUCACAGAAGCCCAGCUGCAGGGGCCUCCCCAGGGCUCACGGUGUGGACACCCCACGUGGACACGGGAGGGAGGACGGGGCGCUUUGCCACCACAGGAAGGAGACUAGAUCCACAGAGAGAGACCAAACUGAGCCCCAAGCAAAUGGCACGGGUUGCAUUGUGCCCUCCCCCAACCCCCCCCCAGACUCACGUGUUGACAUCCUAGCGCCCCGCAGGUCAGAACGGGAAUUACUCGGAAAUGGGGCGGUCGCAAGGGUACUUAGUUAAGGUGAGUAGGGUGGGCCCUAAAGUCAUGGCAGGUGUCCUUACAAAAAGGGGAUGUGUGGACCCAGACAGGCAGGGAGAAGCCCUGUGGAGACGGGGCCGAGACAGGGGGUGAUGCUUCUACAGGCCAAGGCAUGCCGAGAUGACUGGUCGACCCCUGCCCCCCCCCCCCGAAGCUGGGGAGCCUGGGACAGGUUCUCCCUCAGCAGGAACCAGCCCUACAACGCUUCUUGGGCUGUGCCCUCCCGAGCUGUGAGGGUUAGGGUUGAGGCUGCCCCAGGAAGGCCCCCGCAGAUGCUAGAGCAGUGCAGGAGGAGGUGGGGUGGGGUGUGCUGUGGGGACGCACCUGUUGAUGAGUGGGACGUGGAUUGCAGGGGUAGACAGGGAGUGGGUGUCCCUGGGCUGGGUGGGGGGACCGGACUGGUGACAGGGCAGGAAGGGGGGAAACGGGGCCCGGGUGCAGGGAUGUGUGUGCCCUGAGCUCCCAGGUGACCUGUAAGGACGCAGGAUGGGGCUGGAGUUGAGAGGCCAAAGCCCAAGUUGAGAAAGGGACCCUUUGUGUGGGCAGCCGCAUCAAAGAACCACAGACUCAGGGUUGAAGCCACAGGGGUCUCUCCUCCCACCCUCUGGGGGGCAGAGCUGGGAUUCACAGCAGGAUGCUGGCAGCAUCACCUAGGACCACGGACUGGGGGGCUCAGUGCUCCCGCAUCCUGGGGGCCAGAUGUCAGAGCUGUCGGUGUUCACGGGGCGGUGUCCCCUCUGCAGCCUCCUGGGAAGCGCCCUCCCUGCCUCUCCCAGGUGAAUACUAAUACUCUAUUAGAAUUUAAGACAAAAUUUAAAAACAUUUGUUAAUGUCAUCUAAAAAUCUGUUCGUUACGCUUCAACAUUAAAAAAGUAACUUUUUUUUUU